UAUCAAGUUUGUACUUGCAAUUUAAAUCUUCACAAGCUAUAAUACUAUAAACAACAACAAAUUAUGUUGAGCAAUACAAAUGAUUUCGAAUUAAUAGCUCAAGGUGCUGAAGCACGUGUGUAUAAGACCGUUUAUUUAGGAAAACCUACAUUAGUCAAAGAAAGAUUCGAAAAGAAAUAUAGACAUACAGAUUUAGAUAUGCGUCUUACAAAAGAUCGAAUAAAAGCUGAAUGUCGUGCUAUAAUUCGCGCUAAAGCAGCAGGAGUCUCAACACCAGCCAUAUAUUUGACGAGUUUGGAGCGACGAUGCAUUUAUAUGGAAUACAUACAAAAUGCAAUAGUAUUAAAAGAUUUUAUCAAUGAAAAUGUUUUAAAGGAAAUAAAUAUUAAUCAUUUACUAAAUUUUAUAGCACAAGGACUUGGAACACUAAUUGCUAAGUUACACUCAAAAAAUAUAAUUCACGGAGAUUUAACUACUUCAAAUGUACUUUUGAGGAAUAUUAACGAGAACGUUCAUCUUGAAAAAUAUGAUGUUGCAAACAAUUUUGUUAUAAUAGAUUUUGGAUUAGCUCGUAUAGAAUCAAGUGUGGAGGAUAAAGCAGUCGACUUGUAUGUCCUCGAACGAUCGUUAUUAAGUGCACAUUCAGAAAUACCUCUUCUGUUUUCAAAAAUAUUUGACACUUAUCAGAAACAUUAUGCAAAUAAAAAUCAAUGUCAAGAAAUUGUUUUUAAAUAUAAGGAAGUGCAAUUACGAGGACGGAAACGAUUAAUGAUCGGUUAA